CCAUCUGUCCUCUAAGCUUCUUCCUUCAGUGCAAGGAUGUAUUCUUCUCCCUCUUCCCCUCCUCCACUUCUCGUUCUUUCUUGUUCUAUACUUGGUUUUCUUCUAUUUUUAAGUGCAGCUUCAUCCACCACUAAGAUUGGCCAAGGCUAUCGUUUGAUUUCUGUUGAAGAGUCCCCCAAUGGAGGUCUUGUGGGCCACUUGCAAGUGAAGCAAAAAACUAGUACUUAUGGUCCUGAUAUUCCCUAUUUGCAGCUCUUUGUCAAGCAUGAAACACAAGAUAGAUUACGGGUUCACAUUACUGAUGCAGAGCAGGCAAGAUGGGAAGUUCCCUACAACUUGCUACCAAGAGAGCAACCUCCUCUAGUGAAGAAAACCAUUGGGAAAGCUAGAAAAACACUCUUUUCGCCUUCUGAUUACUCAAUUGGGGAACUCAUCUUCAGCUACACUGUAGAUCCAUUUGGGUUUGCAGUGAGAAGGAAAUCAAAUGGACAAACCCUCUUCAAUUCAAGUGUUUCUGAAUCAGACCCAUAUGGAGAUAUGGUGUUUAAAGAUCAAUAUCUCGAAAUCUCAACCAAAUUGCCUGGGGAUGCUUCUCUGUAUGGUCUUGGAGAGAACACACAACCACACGGGAUUAAGUUAUAUCCUAACGAUCCUUAUACUUUGUAUACGACGGAUAUUUCAGCCAUUAAUCUCAACACAGAUCUCUAUGGGUCACAUCCAGUGUACAUGGAUCUCAGAAAUGUGAAAGGAGAGGCUUUUGCACAUGGAGUAUUGUUGUUGAACAGUAAUGGCAUGGAUGUCUUCUACAGCAAAACCUCUUUGACAUAUAAGGUUAUUGGGGGUGUGUUGGAUUUUUAUUUUUUCUCAGGUCCAACACCUCUAGCUGUUGUUGAUCAGUAUACUUCUUUUGUUGGUCGGCCUGCUCCCAUGCCUUACUGGGCUCUAGGAUUCCAUCAAUGCAGAUGGGGUUAUCAUAAUGUAUCGGUGGUUGAAGCUGUUGUUGAGAACUAUCGGAAGGCCCAGAUCCCAUUGGAUGUCAUUUGGAACGAUGAUGAUCACAUGGAUGCAGCGAAGGACUUCACCCUUGACCCAAUAAACUUCCCUCGUCCUAAGCUAUUGGCAUUCCUUGAUGAAGUCCAUUCCAGAGGGAUGAAAUAUAUUGUUCUCAUUGACCCUGGAAUUGCAGUUAAUUCCUCAUAUGGUGUAUAUCAACGAGCCAUGGCUGAUGACAUCUUCAUUAAGUACGAGGGAGAGCCCUACCUUGCUCAGGUGUGGCCUGGUCCUGUCUAUUUCCCAGAUUUCCUUAACCCCAAAGCUGUUUCAUGGUGGACUGAUGAAAUCACAAGGUUUCACCAACUUGUGCCUGUUGACGGCUUGUGGAUUGACAUGAAUGAAGUUUCAAAUUUCUGCUCUGGGAAAUGCCAAAUCCCAAAGAAUCGACCAUGCCCUGGCACUGGUGCUGGUUGGGAAUGCUGCCUGGAUUGCAAGAACAUUACAAAAACCAGAUGGGAUGAUCCACCUUACAAGCUAAAUGCUUCAGGGAUGCAAGCACCUAUAGGUUUCAAAACCAUAGCCACUAGUGCCAUUCACUACAAUGGGGUCUUGGAGUAUAAUGCACACAGCCUUUAUGGUUUCUCUCAAGCAAUUGCAACUCACAAGGCUCUUCAAGGACUCGAAGGAAAACGCCCAUUUGUGUUGUCACGUUCGACCUUUGUGGGGUCAGGCUCGUACGCCGCACAUUGGACAGGAGAUAACAAAGGCACAUGGGAGGACCUAAAAUAUUCCAUCUCAACAAUGCUCAAUUUUGGAAUAUUUGGGGUGCCUAUGGUUGGUUCAGAUAUCUGUGGGUUUUACCCUCAGCCCACUGAAGAGCUCUGCAACCGCUGGAUUGAGUUGGGAGCAUUCUACCCUUUCUCAAGAGAUCAUGCAAAUUACUAUUCUCCUAGCCAGGAGCUCUAUGUGUGGGACACUGUUGCAGAGUCAGCUCGAAAUGCACUGGGUAUGCGGUACAAGCUUCUUCCUUACUUAUACACCUUGAACUAUGAAGCUCAUACUACUGGUGCCCCAAUAGCCCAGCCAUUUUUCUUCUCUUUCCCAAGUUUCACUGAAUGCUAUGGCUUGAGCACUCAGUUCUUGCUUGGGAGUAGUGUCAUGGUUUCACCAGUGCUCACUCAGGGGGCAUCUGAGGUGAAGGCACUAUUUCCUCCGGGCACUUGGUAUAGCUUAUUUGAUACAACACAAGCUGUUGUGUCUAAAAGUGGGGAUUACUUUACACUUGAUGCACCAUUGCAUGUAAUCAAUGUCCAUGUCUAUCAGAAUACCAUUCUUCCAAUGCAACAAGGGGGUAUGACUUCUAAAGAAGCAAGAAUGACACCAUUUACUCUUGUAGUAACCUUCCCUGCCGGGACUAACAACGGAGAGGCUAAAGGGAAGCUUUUCAUUGAUGAUGAUGAGCUUCCAGAAAUGAAACUUGGAAACGGUUAUUCGACUUAUGUUGAUUUCUAUGCUAGUGUCAGUCAGAAGACAGUAAAGGUGUGGUCAGACGUUCAAGAGGGUAAGUUUGCGUUGGCGCAGGGUUUGAAAAUUGGGAAGAUAACAGUCCUGGGUUUGGCUGGAAUGGGAGAGGCAAUUGCCAAUGAGGUAACUGGAGAGCCAAUGUCAAGCAUUUCAAAUGUGGAGUUUAACACAACUCAACAUCAGUUCUUGGGGCAACAAGAGGAUGGAGUAGAUGAAAAGAAGAGUGUAAUGGUUGAGGUUACAGGGUUGGAAUUACCUCUUGGAAAGAACUUUGCUAUGUCCUGGAAAAUGGGCAUAAAGGGUUGAGAGCAGAGGCAGGUUAUCUUCUGCCUCUGUUUUUCUAGGUUUCUACUUAUUUAUUAUUAAUGUUGUAGUAGGGUUUGGGCUUAGUGUUAAGGUUGAUAGUGAGGAGAUGAGUUCAGAAGCUACUCAUCCCAUUGAUGGAUAAUUCUUCACAAGCUUUUCUUUAGAUUUUGCAAUUAAAGCUUUAAAGUUCAAUUAUCAUAGUAGUGGGGAUGCUCAA